CAGUAUAAACGCAACAUGACCGGUAGGAGCCGUCCUGAGUGAAGAGAAUUGCGAGUUCAAGAUGGCGGAGUAUCUGGCUUCGAUUUUCGGCACUGAAAAAGAUAAAGUCAACUGCUCCUUCUACUUCAAGAUUGGAGCCUGUCGACAUGGCGACAGAUGUUCGAGGAUUCACAACAAACCUACAUUUAGUCAGACUGUUCUGCUGCAAAACCUGUACCACAAUCCUCAGAACUCGGCGCAGACAGCUGAUGGAUCUCAUUUGGCCAACAUGACUGAAGAAGAAAUGCAGGAACACUUUGACAACUUUUUUGAAGACGUCUUUGUUGAGCUAGAAGACAAGUAUGGAGAGAUUGAAGAGAUGAAUGUGUGUGAUAACCUUGGUGACCAUCUUGUGGGCAACGUUUAUGUCAAGUUUCGCAGGGAAGAAGAUGCUGAGAAGGCUGUGGCAGACCUGAACAAUCGGUGGUUUGCCGGUCACCCAAUCUAUUCAGAGCUGUCACCAGUCACCGACUUUCGUGAGGCCUGCUGUCGCCAGUAUGAGAUGGGCUUGAAAGCAAAGACUUGGCGUUCCACGGCAGCUACUGAGGAGUGCACUCGCAGUGGCUUUUGCAACUUCAUGCACCUCAAGCCCAUCUCAAGAGAGCUGCGUAGGGAACUGUACGGCCGCAAGCGCCGCAGGAGGUCUCGGUCCGGAUCACGAAGUCCCAAGGGACCCCGGCGCCGCAGUCGAAGCCGUGAACGCAGGCGUCGCAGCCGCAGCCGUGAGCGCAGGUCCCGAUCCCGAGACAAGAAGGACCGAGAGGAGCGUGCUGGUCGCUUCUGAACCUCCAUACAUUUCUCUGAAAGGGCAUCUGUGUGCCCCUCUUUUCUCAAGUUCAUUUCCUUUUCCUGCUUUUUCAUUCACUGUUCGCAUUUGAUUUCUGACCACCUUUUAUUUCUCUCCCUUCAUCUCACUUAGCAGCCUGGUAAACAUUGAUGUACUUUCUCCCUCCCCUAUCCACCUCCGGCAGAGAGAGCUUGAAUAAAAACAUGCUGUCAAGGUCGUA